AUGACAAGGGCAUUAUCGCUCACCACUGUCCCAGAUCCCUUUUUUGCCGGCCUCCCCCAUGCUGAGAUACACUCCUUGCUCUACCCAGAUAUUCUACAUCAAUUGUUACAGGGUAUCCUCAAGCAUGUUGUCUCUUGGCUAAAGCAAGUAUUGGGAGUGCAAGAGCUGGACUGUUGUUUCAGAAGCAUCCCUCUGACUUAUGGCACUACAGUAUUCAAAGAUAGUUUUCUGGACUAUUCCUGCAUGACCAGGAAAGAUUUCAAGAAAAUUGCCCAAGUUCUUGUUGGAGCCAUAUGUGGGCCUCCUGUUCUUAUCAUGAAGGCUACUGCAGCUGUUGUGGAGUUCUAUUACCUAGCAUCUUUGCCAACCCAUUCAGACUGCACACUGCCUUUACUCCGAUGGGCCCUUUUAGACUUCCACAAGAAUAAGUGGGGCUUCACAAGCCUGGGGGUUAGGAACAAUAAAGGAGUGGGAAAAGGGGAGAAAACAAAUCUAUUUUGCAUUCUGAAACUUCACUCUCUUGUUCACUAUGUGUGGUCAAUCGUGGAAGGCAGAGCUCUGGAUGGCUGGUCUACAGAAAUGAGCAAGAGAUUGCACAUCGACCUGAUGAAGAAUGCCUUCUGA